GUAAUUAAUUAUAUUUAGUAUUUUCAAUUCUAUAAACAAUUUAUAAUUAUUAUCAUAUUUAAGUAGAAGAGUUAACUGCUUAUUUCUUUAGAGAUCAUGAAUAAUAAUAACGGAAAUGAGUUUUUUACUUUUAGAGAUACUCCUACUGCUUAGCCUAAAGGACUAUCAUAAGUUUAUUCAUCUUAAUUCUAAUAAUCUUAGAAUUAACCAAAAUCUUCUGUAUUACAAAAUUCUUCAAAAGUGAUUUUUAAUCCAAGAAAAUAUGAAAGAUCUGGAUUCACUAUUGAUCAGAUUGUAGAAAUGAAGCAAACGUUUGAUAUGUUUGAUAAAGAUAAAGGUGGCACUUUGUCUUAUGAUGAACUUAAAGAAGCUAUGCAGAUUUUAGGUUUUGUUUAAGAAGAUGAUACCGCUUUAGAUAGAAUCAUUGAAGCAAUAGAUGUAAACGGAGAUGGUUAGUUAGGAUUUGAAGAGUUUAUGAAUUUGAUGUUUGCUAACAUUGCAGAAAACGAUUCUGAUACAGAUUUAUAAAAAGCGUUUUCAUAUUUCAUAGAUUUAGGAAAUUCGAAGUUUUUAUAAGAUGACGACGACGAUGAAAUAGUAACAGUCAGAUCUUCAAAUAAAAAAUAAUAAUAGAAAUAGUAAAAAAAGGAAUAAAAUUUAUUAAAGAGUAAAAUUACAAUUUAAAUGUUGAGAAACAUUGCUAAAGAAAUUGGAGAAGAUGUAGAAGAUGAAGAUUUAAUUGAAAUGCUUGAAAGAGCAGAUAAAGAUGAUGAUGGAUAAGUUGGAUUUUAAGAUUUUAAAUACAUAAUUAAAUGGUAAAAUGAAGAGACAAAGGCUGAGUUUGAAUAAUAAGAAUAAAAAUAAAGUAAAGCUUAAUAAAAAAUAAAAAGCUAUAAUAAUAUUUCUUAAGAGUUUUGA